GGGAAAGCGAAAACGAAGCUUCCCCCCACGCCGGGUGCGUUGCACUCGACUUGAUGGCAUUCUAGCAGCAGAAAGCCAAGAUGGUGAGAACAACAUUCAUGAGGAGGGACGGGACGGCAGGACCUGCUCGUGUUGUCAUGUGUGGUUUAUGUGGUACGUACAGGCAACGUUGGCGGAUUCGUUUCUGCAAGAUCUGGAGGAUUUGGAGGACGACCUGCAGCAGGAACAGCCGGCGGCCGACGAGGAGAGCGACGAGGAGAUCAUCGAUGCCGUCGAGGCCUACGAGAAGGCCCAGACGCAGACAGUGGCCGUCGUGUCCAACCUGGCAAAGCAGCAACACUUCCUCAAUGUGCUAGAGGUAGGUCACACCACAACACACAGCAGCAAGGUGACUCCAACACAAUAUAUACGGUUUGGUUGUGUGCGUUCAGCGUGUGCGCAAGCUGACUAGCGGCAAUGAGGAUGCCAUGGAUGUCGAUGGCGAGAAGGAGACGCCCAAGGUGGCCGUCAAGCGGGAGGAGGGCAACAACGACAGCAACAACGGUGAGGCCAUUGAGCUGCGUGACGGCAAGGGAGACGAGUACGACCUCAUCGAGCAGUGCAAUCAGCUUGUCGGCACCAUCGACAGCGAGUGAGCAUCCACACACACACACAGGCAGACAGACAGACGGAGAAGCCGACGGACAUGCAAUGCAUUCGUGUGGUGUUGCCUGCUCUGCUCUGCUCUGCUCUCCGUUUAUUGUGUUGUGUGUGUGAGGAUAAUGAACAUCCACAAGUUCAUCAAGGAUGUGUACGGCAAGAAGCUGCCCGAGCUGGAGCAGAUCGUCUACUCGCCCCUCGAGUACAUCGCCAUCAUCAAACGAGUCGGCAACGAAACGGUCAGUCUGUCUGUCAUGUCACACGAUCGAACAGUGUCGGCAGUCGUCCGAAUGUGUGAUGGUGUGAUGUGUGGUGUGUGGUGUUCAGGAUUUGACUCAGAUCGACUUGUCUGAUUUGCUGCCCAACACGGUCAUCAUGGCCGUCACCGUGGCCGCCAGCAUGACCACAGGUGCAUACCACACACACUACCUACCACACGUCACGUGGCGGGAACCCGUGUCUGUCUGUCUGUGUGCCAUCAUCAAUCAGGUUCUCCGCUGCCCCCCUCUGAGUUGGAUAAGGUCAUGGGUGCCGCUGAGGAGGCUCUGCACCUCGCAGAGUGCAGGAAAGACGUACCUCACCCACCCACAUUCACACCCACAGUACAGUCCACUCUUUGUUCAUGUCUGCCAUGUGUGUGUGUCAGGUGUUGCUGUAUCUGGAGUCCAAGAUGUCUUUGAUGGCGCCCAACCUCACGGCCAUCCUGGGGUCGGCCCUGGCCGCGCGGCUGCUCACACAGGCGGGGGGGCUCCUCAAUCUCUCCCGCAUGCCCGCGCAGAACAUUAUGGUAAGUACAGACACACACAGGGAGGGAAGAGGAUUGUUCGCGAUUCAUGACUCACCAACCAUCAGUGGGAUGUUGUGCGUUGGGUGUUCUGUUCUGUGCGUGCAGCUGAUUGGAUCGCAGAAGAAGGCGUCUGUGGGCUUCUCGACAGCCACCGCUGGCAACACAGUGGUCAGUCAGCAUAACUCAGAGAUGAGCUGAGCACAGUGGUGCCCACAGUGGCGUGUCUCUCCCUCUCGUGCAAACUGUGUUUUGUUUGUUGUCUGAGCUGCAGGGUCUGAUUUUCCAGUCUGACCUGGUGUUGGGGACGCCUCCCGCCUUCCGCAACCGAGCUGUCAAACUUGUGGCGGGAAAGUCAGUAGGCACACAGACAGACCAGCCAGAUCAGACGAUGCAAUGCCUUAUUGUCAUACACGUGACGUGGCUGGAAGGCUGGAUUGGAUGGCUGCGUGUCACGCGUGUCAGGUGCUCUUUGGCGGCGCGUGUGGACUCGUUCAACGAGUCGCCCCAGGGGCAGGUGGGCGUCCAGCUGAGGGAGAAGAUCGUACAGUCCCUACUCAAGGUGAGUAGAGCAGGGGAGGGAGGAAACAAACACAACACCAUCACAACCGACACACCGGUGGACCACACACAAACGUACGUAUCUUCCUUCUGGUGAUGUGAUGUGUUCAGUCGCAGGAGCCUCCCCCCGCCCCCCAGAAGAAGGCACUACCCCUCCCCGAUGAGAAACCCAAAGCCAGACGGGGCGGACGCAAGUGAGCACCUCCCCGGUUGAUCGAUCGUAUCUGUCAUGCAUGUCGGGUGUGUGUGUGUGCGCGUUUGUAUGAUCAGGUAUCGUCGCAUGAAGGAGAAGUACGGCAUGAGUGAGUUCCGCAAGCAGGCCAACAGACUCAAAUUCGGACCGGACGCCGAGGAGGAAUACGGACUCAAAGGUGCGGUACACACACAUACAUGACAUGGAUGUGGAUAGGACACACGCAGACAGACAGACAGACAGACAUCCGGACAUUUACCGUGUGUGUGUGUGUGUGUGUGUGUGUGCGCAGGUAAGGGUUUGGGCAUGUUGGGUCAGAGUACUGGCUUCGGCAAACUCAAACUCGAACAAAAGAAGGCCAAAGUCCAAAUGCGUAAGCAAAGCAACCCAACGCCCCCACACAGACACAGACACGGACACCGGCUGGUCAUUGACCUCAUCUCUGUCCUCUCUAUGUCAUGUCUGUGUCUGGCCUCAGCAAGCAAGUCGCGCCACGCCCGUCUGGCGGCCUCUCAGGCCGCAUCGGCAGGGGCCACUGCAGGUGACCACACACACCGCAUGCAACUGAUCGCCAGGCACCACUUAUUGUUUCCCUCCCUCUGUGUGUGUGUGAUGUCCCUUAUUGCAGCGUCAGGGACGGCCUCGUCGGUCACCUUCACAUCCAUGCAGGUCAGCCAGUCAGUCAGUCAGGAGGGAGGGAGAAGGCUUACGGGAGCCACCCCACCCAGACGGCUGGCCAGCUCGUGUGUGCGGGUGUCUGUGUCAUGUCGGUCUGUCUGCAGGGCAUUGAGUUGGUGAAUCCCGACGUCCAGCGGCAGAAGAAGGCGCCGCAGAAGAACACCGACAAAUACUUCGGGUCAACCAACUUCAUCUUGGUGAGCUCCCCCGCUCAGCUGACACAGCACAGCAGUCCCUGCCUUGUUUGUCCUGAUUAUGUAUGUGGUGGGUGUGGUGUGUUGGUCUGUCUGCUUGGGGUGUGUGUGUGUGGUGUGUGUAAACAAACAGGUCGAGAAGGACAAGAUGAAGAAUGCGGGCCAAUGAGCAGCCCAGCCAUGUGAACGUCUGAUUGAGUGACUAAUCUGCAUGCCAUGCGAUG